CAGGGGCCCCAACGGGCGGUGACUCGGGGGAGUGCUGCCGGGAAGAUGCCUAAAAAGAAGCGGGAGAAUCUGAGCGUGGCUCAGGAGAUCGAUGGGCUCGAGGAAAAGCUGUCCCUAUGCAGGAGAAACCUGGAGGAAGUGACCGGCCGCCUUCGCAGGGAAGAGCUGAGCCCAGAGGCCAGGAAAGCUUUGGAGAAGGAAAAAAACAACCUGACAAGCAAAGCCUCCAGCUAUGAAAGGGAGCUGAAGUCCCUUCGGAGAGAGAACCGUAAGAACACGCUGCUAUCUGUGGCAAUCUUCUUGCUCCUUCUUCUCGCCUAUGCCUACUGGACUAUGUGACCCCACUAGUUUCCACUGCAAACCACAAGGAACCAUGGUUGGAGAACUGGACUAGGACAGUGAAAGUUGGUCCCUCUUUCUGGACUCUACCUGCUGACUCCCAAAGACACCUGCCUGACUCCCUAGGCCUAGAUGCUAACAAGGCCCAGGGGGCCGUCCCUACCUAAACCAAGAUUCUGGCACCAGGUCUCAUACUCAACCCUGCUGGCGUACAGGGCCUGGAUGUCAGCAGGGAAAUGGUGCUGGCUCCUCCCAGGGAGAAUGGCCAAUAAAGAAGGUUGACAACUGCUUGUCAAAUAAAUGCCA